AUGAAAGCGAUCAAGGAGCAGCUGCAGCGCCUAAAUGGCGAGGUUGGUGAUGAUAAUGCAAAGCUGGGGAAAGUGGUAAAGGAGCUCCUCAAGAACCCCAAGGACAAAGUCCUUAAGGGCGAGUACAGUCGGAUUAUCCAGGCCCUCGCAGAAUUGAAUGCCCGCCGGAAGGACCUUGAGGAGAAACUGCUAGCUGCGGCAACUGCUGUCCCACCACCGGCUGCCAGCUUUGGUCGCGCGGAACCCUUGGUGGAGGAGUUUUGGAAGAAGCUACCGGAUGCAAAGGUUUCCAGGUCCAGGGAUGGAUUCGAGACCCUGAGGCUUGCAGAAGGCACUGCGUUUCCAGAUCCUGACGAAUCUUCAGCUUUGUUUGUUCGUCCAUGCUACCGCACCCUGUACAAUAAAAUCUUUGCAUGUAUUGGCAAGAGCACCUUCCUGGACUACUUGCUUUAUCGGCUGGCAUGCCAGGGCAAAACCGUCGUGUGGUGUAGCAAGUCUGUGCUGGACUCCGUGCUGCUGUUUACACCCAACGGUGUGUUUGAGGCAACCUCCACUGCAGCUUUUCGAAAAGAGCUAAGGGAUCCGAGUACAUGGUUCUUGUGUGAUGCGGUGGAGCCUCCGUCCAAGGUGGCAAUCACAGUCAUGGCAUCAUCUCCUCGCAACUCAAACUACAACGAUUAUGCCAAGCGAGCCGGCACGGAGCUGUGGAUGGGGCCCUGGUCCGAACAGGAGCUGAAGGCGGCACGUGCCACCGUGUUCAAUUCAGUCAAUGAUGAGACACUGUCACGGCUGUAUGCUCGGUGGGGCGGCAUCCCACGCUACGUCCUGCAGUGUGCAGACGACCCCAACCAGCAGCAGAAGCUUGAUGCAGCGGUGGCAGUCGUUAAUAUGGGUCUCUUGUGGAAAUCCGUAGGCAACAUUGAAGCUGCACUGGAAGUCAGUCACAAACUGAUCCACGUUAAGGUGGAUGAGGAGAAAUGCAGCAGGAAACGCCUUGUCUUUGGCUCCAAGGAAAUCGGCCAGCGUGUGAUGCAGCAGCUGCAUCGGCAGGGUACUGCUAAGUUAGCUGAUUUCAUCAAGUGGUCUGCUGGCAGACCGGAUUUGGCUUCACUUAGAGGUGUGAUGUUCCAGGGGCUAGCACAUGACUUAUUGUGCAGUGGCGGCUUGUUUCGUGUGCGCAGCCUUUCUGACCCUGAGCAGCGGUUUGAUCUGACAGUGCCGAAAAUGGAGCUGAAGGAUGUGCAGGACAGCGACCUCAAACACGUGAAGCUUGCAACAACAGGGUCUGGGCUCCUGGUGCCGGUGGCAAGGAACUUUGCUGGUGUAGACAGCUUUCUUAUUUUGCCUGACAAGAAUGGCAAGGCAAAGCAACUGCUCCUUAUCCAGGUGACUGUCUCUGCUAAGCACCCAGUUGUCAUGUCGGGGCUGCAAGCCUCCAUGCAGAAACUGUCCAGGGACCUGAAGCGGCUCAAGCAUGAGAUGUACUUUGCAGUGCCGCCUGACCUGUUCGAGCGGUUCAGGAAGCAACACUUUAAGGGGGAGGCUGAAGACUCCGUUCAGAUGGAGCAGUUUGCCAUCGAGAUCCCGCUAGUGGGCUUUGCUCCUGAUGGCGGAGAUGGUGUUGCUGCUGUAGCAGUGUCAGCUGCAUCCGCUGGUGGUGGCAAGGUGGCUGUUGUGGACGUGGGUACUAGGUUGUGGUUGUCAGAGGCUUUGGAACUAGUUGCUGGCUUUGCUUGCCAAGUGAUAUGA